AUGCGCCGCCCCCGGCGGAACGCAGCGCGUUCGACNAAAAGGGAGAUUCGACUCCGGAAGCGAAGGCCCUUUCGGCCGUUUUUAUUAAAAUGCGCCGCCCCCGGCGGAACGCAGCGCGUUCGACGUACACGCUUUGAAGCCCCAUCCCCUCCGGGGGUGUCGCAAGGCAAUGCUGGCCAUCGUAUGGCCUUUCCGCACGGUUCCCCCGGCUGCCCCAAAGGGCGGGGGUCCUUUCAAGAGGGCUUCCGGGAAACAAACGGGCCGUUUCCCCUGAAGGGGGUAUUGGCAAACGCCGUCGCCACAAUUCAAACUUCCACGCAAAAACCGUGCGUCGCGGCGCCGGGGGCCAACGGGGUGGCAAAAGCGCGCGUGGACCCGCACGGCGUGGGAGCAAAAAGGGUUUCAUUAUAA